AUGGCAAUAUAUGGUCUCUUUCUUGCAGGCUCCAAUUUCUUUGCGCCUAUCAUUGCUGGUUUUAUUGCCAAUUCUCAAGGAUGGCAAUGGGCCUUGUACUGGGCUGCUAUUUUCAAUGGCGUCGGCUUUGUUUACUGCUUCUUUCUGAUGGAGGAGACCAACUACUCUCGGAAGUCGCUGGCAGGUGAAGAAUCAAUGAAGCAAAGCGGAACGCAAACUCCCAUUGCAGAAAUGAACGAGAAGAACACGAGCCAAAGCCCCGAUGAGAAGACAGUCUCCCAGGCCCCCGGGCCUACGACUGAAGAAGGAUUGGGCAUCGUAUCGCUACCAAAGAAGACAUAUAUGCAAAAGCUGAAGCUCUUCCAGCCUGGAGCUUUUAGCAAAAAGAACGAGAUCCCAGGCAUGAUGUUGCGGCCUCUCCUGUACGCCGUCCAACUGGCUGUGGUGGCCUACUCCGGCUUUUCCUAUGGAAGUAACCUUGUAUGGUUCAACGUGCUCAACGGCACUGCCUCCCUCAUCCUGUCCGGCGCGCCAUGCAAUUUCUCCAGCAGUAUGGUCGGAUUAAGCUACGUCAGCCCGCUGAUCGGGGUAUUCCUGGGCGCAGCGUAUACCGGCAAGUUCGGUGACUGGUUCAUCGUAAACUUCGCUCGUCGCAAAGGCGGUAUCAUGGUGUCCGAACAUCGGCUUUGGCUUUUCAGCGCGUCUCUUGUUUUGAUCCCCUUUGGCCUGCUUCUUUGGGGUAUCGGCGCAUAUCACCACGUGCACUGGUUUGGGCUUGUAUUUGUCAUGUGUAUCAUCGCUUUGACCAACACGAUAGGCCUGCAACUCAGCGUGAGCUACUGCAUCGACAGCUACCGCGACCUGGCAGGCGAGACAAUCAUCACCGUCAUCCUGAUCCGGAAUACCAUGUCCUUCGCCAUCGGGUACGGUUUGACGCCUUGGGUCACGAAUAUGGGCUAUCAGAAUGCGUUCAUCACCGCCGCUUUUGCGGGGCUCGCGCAGGUGUUGACGUUCAUGUUCUUCGUCAAGUAUGGAAAGGGCUUUCGCGUAAAGUCGACAGAGAGGUAUCUCAGGUUUGCGAAGGAAAUACCUGGUGCUGGACUGACCCACUGA